AAGAAUCAGAGGGAGAGGAAGAAUCAGAGGGAGAGGAAGAAUCAGAGGGAGAGGAUGAACCAGAGGUAGAAGUGGAACCGAAACCAAAAGCCGCUAAGAGGGCAAAGAAAGCAACCAGACCUACUUGGCAUUGGGUGAAGAAAGACUUGCCAGUACAUGUAAAUCCAUCUAACCAUCUUACACCAAAAGGCCCAGCAAGCAAAGCUACAACUCCAUUGGAAAUGUUUUUGGCCCACUUUGAUACAAUGAUGCUUGAGUUUUUAGUAUUGGAGACAAACAGAUUGCGGCUAGAAACUAGAGCACGAGUAAAAACAAUAACAAUGACUGAAAUUAGGAAAUUCAUCGGAGUGCUUUUCUACAUGACAGUAGUGGACAUACCAUUCCGUCGAAUGUACUGGUCAGCUAAGACACGUCAAACGGUAGUGGCUGAUGCUAUGACUGUGAAUAGGUUUGAUGAAAUAUUCUCCCUUUUACAUUCAUGUGACAAUGCACUGCAGAAAGAGAGAGGAGCCGAUGGUUAUGAUAGACUGUACAAAGUACGUGACUUGAUUACUCAACUGAAUGAAAACAUUACUCAGUGCGCAGAAAUGGAAACAUGUUUAUCAGUGGAUGAACAAAUCAUACCUUUCAAAGGACGACAUUCCCUCAAAAUAUACAUGAAGAACAAGCCUAAGAAAUGGGGAUACAAAGUCUGGGUACUUGCUGGGCAGUCUGGGUAUGCACACAAGUUACAGUUUUAUGGAGAUAAUACAGUGGAGCCCACUGGUACAGAUCUUACUGCUGAUGGCAUAGGAGCAUCAGGUGAAGUUGUCUUACAGCUUUUGGAAGGAGUACCUCCGAAAUGUUAUUGCUUCUUUGACAAUUAUUUUGCCUCACCUGCCCUAUUAGCUGAGCUCAAAAAGAAAGAGAUAUAUGCUACCUGCACUAUGAGAAAGAACCGCACCAAUGGUUGUCCCUUGUUGUCUGAAAAAGAAUUGAAGAAGAAAGGACGUGGGACGUGGGGAUCAUGGAAUUCUACUUUGUGA